AUGUGCCGAGUUCUGGACAUCUUUCUGGCUCUGCUAAGUCGCUUCCUGUUUGCAGUACAUGGCAUCGUUACAGUGUGGCGUGUUGUGGUGGUGAAGGGCGAGCCCUGCUAUUGGCUGCUGCUGAUGGGCGUGGCACUGCUGGGUGUAGAGAUGGCCGUUACUAUCAAAUGCACCCACAACGCAGAGUGGAGAUGGUUCUCUCCAAUGGUCUUCCUUUAUCUCAGUACUGUGAUUCCCUCCAUCUGGUUCCUGGAGCUGAACCUUCUGCAGCUCAAGUUGCCAAUCAACUCGUCUUCAGCUGAUCAUCUACUCCUGUCUGAUAUCCCCAUAGCAGCAGGAUUAGCAGAUUUGGAACCUGAGAACUGGGUGGCCGGUUUGGAGCAGACCAUGCUUAUCGUACUGGUACUAGGACGCUGGCUCAUGCCGAAAGGUGACAUGUCACGUGACCAGCUCUCACAACUCCUCAUGGUCUAUGUGGGCCUGGGUGCAGACAUCCUAGACAUCUUUGACACUUUCAAGGAACCUGAAGUGAAAACCAACCAUGCUGUAGUUAUUGUGGGGCUGAGCCUCUUCUCCUGGGCCUUAAUGCAAUUCCCUUUGGUUCUGACACAGACAAAUCCCCCUAAACCCCACACAAAGAUCCAUCUUAAAGCCAUCAAACCUGGGUUACUGCCCUGCCCUUAUACCUCCUGCUGCUCCAGUGAGAUCUGGAGUCUUCUUCUUACUGUUGGUCUCCAGGACGGCCCAUUCCUCGUGUACCGCCUCUACCUGAUGCUCAAAGAAAAUGUUUUGAACCAGCUGAUGAUCUUCUUCAUAUGUAAGAACAUCCUCAUUGUCAUGCUAGAGCUGUACAGGAUUGGUGUGGUCCACUUUGAGCUGCACAGGCCUGGAGAGGGAGAAUGGUCACCUGAUGAACCUCAAAGACAGACAGAAAGUGUUGAAGGUGAAAGGUUUGAAGUUUUAGAGUCUAACCAUCAAGGAGUAAAUGAAUGUAUUGACGAAAGUUGA